UCCACUUCCUUCGAAUUGUUUUGUUCUAAAAAAAGCCAAAGGUUUUGGCACAGCUUACUUACUAAGCUGUGGUUUUGGUUUGCUCUGAGGUUUUGUGAUUCCAAAUAACCUCAAAUAAAUAUAAUUCUUCAAAGUUUCAUUUAAUUUUCAAGUAGUUCUUUAAAAAUUUCAGUAAAGUAUGGAUUGUCAGUUGUGGAUGGGCGGUCUGGAACCAUAUAUGAAUGAAACAUUCAUUAGCACAGCAUUUAAAAACACGGGGGCAAAUCCAGUAAACGUCAGAGUGAUGCCAAAUAAAUUGACGGGCGAAUCCGCUGGAUAUUCUUUUGUGCAGUUUGCAACCGACAAAGAAGCAAUUGACGCCUUGCAUAAACUAAAUGGUACACCGAUCUUCGGCACAAAUCCUGUUGUCCGAUUUCAUCUGAACAAUGCCAACAACUUGGUAGAUCGGGAAUUUUCAGUUUGGGUCGGAGACCUCAGUUCUGAUGUCGACAAUUACAACUUGUACAAAAUUUUUUCCUCCAAAUAUAACACAGUAAAGGCAGCUAAAGUAAUUUUAGAUAACGGCGGGUUUAGUAAAGGUUACGGAUUUGUAACGUUUGGAACCGAGCAAGAAAUGAAAGAUGCGCUUGUGAAUAUGGAUGGGUUUGUCGGUUUGGGAUCAAACACACUUAGAGUUUGUAGUACUAUUCCAAAGCCCAAAAGGGCCAUUACGACAGGAAAUAGAGGAACGGACAAAUAUACGCCUUCAACUGCUUCCACCGACUACAGUUAUGAUGAAGCUUAUUGGCAAUCGAGUAAGAGAAACAAAUCAGAGAUAGACGACAGUGAAGAAGAAAUUCCUGAAAUGUUCAUUGACGAAGGACCUCUCGUGAUUAAUAAAAAUCAAGACAAACGAAGAAGAAUAGAAAUUGAAAGAAAUAAGAUGUUAAAGGCGUACGACUUACGGACGUCUUCAGUCGAAUCUCCUCCCAUGGAUGAUGAGAGUAGCGCAUUUGGACAGUUUAUUGCAAAUAAAUUGCGCACCUAUUCUGUUAAAACACGGUCCAUUGUGCAACAUGAAAUAAGUAAUGUGCUGUUUCAAGCGGACAAUGGAGAUUAUGAUUUUAGGCGCAAUUUUAAUAUUGAUUACCCAUAAGGUACUUGUGCCCUUAGGUUAAGCACUAAUUUUUAACAUGCGUACAUUUCAGUCUUCUGGAAUGAAUUUACUUAUAUAGAAACGUAAAAUACAGCAACAUUGGUAUUUGUUCUUGACAGGUUUUCGGUGUAAAGGGGAUGGUUUGUCUGAAAUACUAAGUUUAAGUGCAAAGUUAAAUAGCAGUAUACACGUUUUUUUUUUUGGGAACUUUAGUUACACGUUUCUGGGAAAGUGAAAUAGGUAGGUUUUUGCAAAUUUGUACUUUGCAGUUACUCUGAAGGCUGAAUCGAUGUAAAAUCCAAUUCCAAAAUCGUGGCACACCGGAAGUAGCUAGUAACUUUGUUAUUUUAAACACUCUGUUUAAUUGCAUUUUUGGAUUCUAUGUGAAAUUUCAGUUUUUUUGAUACCCACAUAUCGAUGUCUGUAAUGUAUGGUUUUUAAGUUUUGAAAUAUUUUACACCCAUUUGGCCAGAGUAACUCCUAAGUGCAAAUUUUCAAAAACCUACCUAUUUCACUUUCCCAGAAACGUUUAACUAAAGCUACCAAAAAAAACACCCUGUAUUGAUAUUGUGUUCGUUGGCUCAAUUAGCAACUUGAAUUUCAUGAUGGGCAAAAAUUACAAAGCAGUGUGGUCAUAAAAGGUGCGCAAAUCUAGUUACAUUAAGUAUUAACUGUUAUGAAAAGAGAAAAUGGCAUAAAAGGGCUUUAUUAAAAGAACUCCAAAAUUCUGAUUCUCUAUAAUUCAAAAAUAUUUCAUUCAUGUGCUGUUUCGCUUGUACCUUAUCCAGGAAAUAUGCUAAAAUGUUUUCUUCUGUUCCUGGCACGGAAUUCUUUGAUUGCUGCGACGACGGUGUUAGACUACACUUUUUAAUUUACAAACUUAUAUCUUGAAGUUAUAUAGCUAUUACUGAAAAUUAAAGUGCAUGUAAAAAAUAGAUGUAAUUUUUGUAUGUCAUUGUGUUAUUUCUAUUUCUUUGAAUGCUCCUGUUGUAUAAUAUAAAUGUUAUUAUCGGA